AUGACUCCAGAACAAAGUUAUGGGAAAUACUACGUCACACAGAUACUUCCUUGUUUACCCAAUGAAAUCAUAGAACACCCACACUUUUUCGUAUUUGCUAUAGAUGUAACAGUGCUCACUUUUAUAAUUUCAUUCGCAUCUAUUGUAAUUACUUUACAGUGCAUUUAUUUUUUCUCCAGAACCCUUAUUUAUUUGUCAAGUCGAAAAGCGAAAUCUCAGAGGACUUAUAAAUUACAAUUACAGUUUUUUAUUGCGUUUUCCAUUCAGAUUAUCAUACCAACUUGUGCAAUCAUUGCGCCAGUAUGUCAUAUUGCAUUUGCAUGUGCUACGUCGUAUUUUGAUCAAGCUUUCAAUAAUAUAUUUGUCAAUGUUAUUGCAGUCCAUGGACUUAUAUCUAGUGUUGUCAUGCUAAGAGUACACAAACCGCAUUGGCAAGCUGUCCUAGGAAUGGACAAGUGUGCAUAUUUGGACAAAAAGCUUAUGGGAAGCUCCAUCCAUGUGGAGGGUACCACAACAGUGGUAUUGAGCAGUAAACGACCAUCGAUUAACCCUCAAGUUUAUAUUGGUCCAGGUCAUAAUUAUCUUCCUGUUGACUAUAAAAUUGAACUCUUUUUUUUUGAGAAAAAAUACACUUUUUGA